GGCGAAAAAUCUGUGGAAUGGACUGGAUUGGAUGGUGGAAGUAAUGUGAAUUCGUUCUGCGGGAAAAAUGUUACUCUGCAAGAAAAUGAUGUUAUAACAGUUCCCAAGGUUUGUUUCCUAGAUGCCAGCAUACCUGUAAAUUUAGAAAAUUUCGAUGCGCUUGGGGCCCCUUUUGACUGGGUGGUGAGUAUAGAAGUAGGAGAACAUAUUCCAGCUGAAUACAUGAUGAUCUAUAUAGAUAAUUUGAUUCGGCUGAGCAAGUAUGGAAUUAUUAUCUCAUGGGCUGUAGUGGGACAAGAUGGACAUGGACAUGUCAAUACAAGAUCUAAUGAAGAUGUUAUUCAGACAAUGGUCGCCAGAAGUUUAGUUUAUCUUCCUAAAGAAUCUGAAACUGUAAGAAGCAGGAUAGAUAGGUUGGAUUGGCUCAGGUAAUUCAAUUCAAGGGACUAU